CAGUCGUGAGAAAAAUCAGUUGACGCUCCUCUUCCUUCUCCUCCUCCUGCUGCUUUAGGCUCCGUGUUUUUGGGCCAUAAAUCCUGCGAGGGUCGCGCUAAGACCCCCGGUAGCUGCUGCUCGUACCGGAGAAGUGUUCCUGUGGAGCCCGAUAAAGCUUUACAGCGAGGCCUUUGCAUGUAGCCGUCUGGCUAAGUCAACACUAAAUGGCGUCGGAUACGAGUGACACAGAGGAGUUUUACGAUGCUCCAGAAGAUGUCAACUUCACUCCUUCACCGAAAGUGUCACCUGCAAAGUUUGUUCUUCCCCAGCCACAGCAGCCUCAGGCCCCAGAUGAGAGCCUGGUAGAGGAAGUUGCUGCUGGGUUGGCGCCACAAGAGUCUCGCCAAGAUGACUCUCUCCAGAUUAUUGACAGUAUAAUCGAGGAGAGUCAGAAGGAGAAUGGUGUGGAAGAGGAGCUGCUGAGAGGAGAGGAAAGAUGCUCCGCCCCAUCUGAGGAGGACAGGACGUCCGGGACAGAUCACAGUGUUCUAGAACAAGCUCAAGCUCACAUUCCAGAACCAGGAGCAGCUUCUGAGACCCUUCCUGCGGACCCCAUCGCAGAACCACAAGAGCAGCAGCCUGACAUCAGACCACAGGAAGUGGCUCCUGAUGUGGGCAUACAGGAGGCGGCACCAGAUGUGGCAGGUGGAGCCCAAGCAUCUCUGGAACGUAGUCAGGGUCCUCCUCCUCCCGACAUCACUAGUGCUCUGGGACCACCUCCUUCGCACCCGGCUCUCAGUCCUGCAGCGGCGUGUGCAGCAGAGAGCACAGACACACCCAGAACAGCCGAUAUCUUAGAACAAGUGCCCCUUACCGACAAAGCAGCAGAGUCUGACAUAUCUGGCCCCUCUAAACCUCCCCGACAAUUUACAGUGGAGCCAGAUAUUGUAGCAAGCACAAAGAAAACCCCGCCCUCCAGACCGCCCCCUCCUAGUGGAGCUCCUCCUCCCAGGCCACCGCCCCCAGCUCGGCCAUCUCUCCAACCCAGUAAAAGGUCUCAGGAAGUGAUGCGACCGACUGGGCUAGAGGUCUCUUCAGAUCCUGUGGAGGAGCCAUGUGGAUUGGUUAGUCCAAACUCCACUGUCAGGUGCCUCACUAAGGAGCUGCAGCACUCUUUGGACCUUGCCAGCGCCACCAGUGGGGAGAAAGUAGUAACUGCACAGGAAAAUGAUGAGCAAGUAUCCAGUCCUAGUGGUAGUGAAACUCCUGGACCCCAGAGACCACGCUCUAACUCAGGCAGAGAACUCACUGAUGAGGAGAUCUUGGCGAGUGUGAUGAUUAAGAAUCUGGACACGGGUGAGGAAAUCCCACUGAUCCAGGCAGAGGAGAAACUUCCAACUGGAAUUAACCCGCUAACACUGCACAUCAUGAGAAGGACCAAGGAGUACAUCACUAACGAUGCUGCUCAGUCAGACGAUGAUGACAAGAGUCAGGCUCCUCUGGCUGACACAGACGGAGGGAAGCUCAAACAGAAAACCACUCAGCUGAAGAAGUUUCUGGGGAAGUCUGUGAAGCGAGGGAAGCACCUGCUGGAGGAGUACGGGGAGCGUGCUGUGAAUAAGGUGAAGAGUGUGAGGGAUGAGGUGUUUCACACGGAUCAGGACGAGCCUUCCUCCAGCGAUGAUGAGGGGAUGCCUUACACACGACCUGUGAAGUUUAAAGCAGCUCACAGCUUCAAGGGCCCGUUCGACUUCGACCAGAUCAGAGUAGUGCAGGACCUCAGCGGAGAGCACAUGGGCGCGGUGUGGACCAUGAAGUUCUCUCAUUGCGGGCGGCUGCUGGCUACAGCCGGUCAAGAUAACGUGGUUCGCAUUUGGGUCCUAAAGAAUGCCUAUGACUACUUUAACAACAUGAGGAUCAAAUAUAACACAGAGGGUCGUGUGUCUCCCUCUCCGUCUCAGGAGAGUCUGUGUUCCUCUAAGUCUGAUACUGAAGGAGGGCUGGGAGCGACAGUGGAGGAUCCUGACACUGAGGACAAAAACGUUCCUUUCCGGCAGGUUCCUUUCUGCAAGUACAAAAGUCACACAGCUGACCUUCUUGAUCUUUCCUGGUCGAAGAACUACUUUUUGUUGUCAUCCUCCAUGGAUAAGACGGUGCGGUUGUGGCACAUAUCCAGGAGAGAGUGCCUGUGCUGUUUCCAGCAUGUAGACUUUGUCACAGCAAUUGCCUUUCAUCCCAGGGAUGACCGUUAUUUCCUGAGCGGCUCUCUCGACGGCCGGCUGCGUUUGUGGAAUAUUCCAGAUAAGAAGGUGGCUCUGUGGAAUGAGGUGGACGGUCAGACUCGCCUCAUCACUGCAGCCAAUUUCUGCCAGAACGGCAAAUACGCAGUCAUCGGCACCUACGACGGACGCUGCAUUUUCUACGACACAGAGCGCCUCAAGUACCACACACAGAUCCACGUCCGCUCCACCAGGGGGAGGAAUCGCGUAGGCCGCAAAAUCACUGGCAUCGAGCCUCUGCCUGGAGAGAAUAAGAUCCUGGUAACGUCCAACGACUCGCGGAUUCGUCUGUAUGACCUGAGGGACCUGUCUCUGUCUAUGAAGUACAAAGGCUACGUCAACAGCAGCAGUCAGAUCAAAGCCAGCUUCAGCCACGACUACUCGUUCAUCGUGAGCGGUUCAGAGGACAGGUAUGUGUACAUCUGGAGCACCUACCACGACCUCAGCAAGUUCAGCUCUGUACGAAGAGACCGCAAUGACUUCUGGGAAGGAAUUAAAGCCCACAACGCUGUGGUGACGUCAGCGAUCUUCGCACCACACCCCGGUCUGAUUGUGCCUCAGGAGGCGGGGCAAGAGAAACCUGAUGCUGAGUGUAAGACUGAUGAUGCAGACGAUUCUGAGACCAUCCCAUCAGGAGCUUUAAAAACAGAUCACACGGAGGUCCUCCUGUCUGCUGAUUUCACCGGCGCCAUCAAAGUGUUUGUGAACGUCAAAAAAUACUGAGUGCUUUUAAAUUAAUGAAAAGAAAAAAAAAAAAAAAGAGUUCAGUGGAUUUUAACAAACUGAACCGGAGACAUUUCACACAAAUAUCACAUUUCUAAAUGGAGGAGACCUGUCUGCUCCGCCCACAACUCCCCUUCAUCAACCAACGGGCUGCUGGCGAGUGCUCGCGAGAGGACGUCUGCCUCCUCUCUGCAGGGAACAGGGACCCAGAAACUAGAGUCUGAUGGGAAGGUGGAGGACUGUAGAAAAGGGACGAGGAGAAACAUUUCCACAACGCAGCGCACUUUUCUUCAUCUGCUCUUUUCUUUCUUUCCUGCUUUGUUUCUUUCUUUCUUUCGGUGUAGUAGAUGGAGCAGCUGUGAACUGUAAGUUAUGACUGAGGUCACUGUAAGAGUGGAAGUGUGAAUGGGGAUAAAUGAUAUAAAUAAGGGGUCAGCUUAUAUAUGAAACACAGUGCAGCACAGACAGCGUGUUUAAAUCAUAAAAUCACAUGUCUGACAUCAUGCUAACGUACUCGCUCAGUGCUACAGCGCAACAGAAAACACACCUAGCACUGGAGCACUGUUUAUUUCCACACAACACUACAUAACUCAUUCAAACCGUCCGAGAACAUGAAACUAUUAGAAGAGCACGUCUGACAGGAGAUGAUUGGUUUCUCCAUUUAUUAGAGAUAUGGGAAUCUGUGGAGUGUUGCCAGUGUCCAACAUAUCUGCAGACACUUGAACCUUUUUUUAUAUAUUGGUACAAAUCCAGAGCUAAAAUGAUAUGGAUCAGAAGAAUGAAGAAACAUUUUUUAUAAACGCAGAUAUGCUACAUGGACAAAAGUACUGGGACACCUGCUCAUCCAGAGUUCUUUUAAAACUGCAGCUAUUUAAAAAGUGUGUAACCUGCUUUUGUUGAAGCAACUGUCUCUACUAUCAAGGGAAGGCUUUCCAAUAUUUUUUUUUUUUUUUUUUUUAACAUUUUUUAAACAUUGCUUAAGAAUUGCUUGAGGAUUAGCAGCCCACCUUAUCCUCAACUCCACCCAACUCAUGGCAUGAGGCAUGGUGCCAAUAGGUUCAUAUUUAUCUGCUUAAUAGAGUCCUAAAUAGCUGAAUACGUCCAUUACAGUAGUCCAGCAUUAUCUAAACAUUUUGCUCUUUUAAAAUUUAGAUAAUCAUUGAAUAUUGGUGAAAAUGCAGAAAAUGAUCAUUAUAAAUCCUUAAUAAUAAUCAUAAAAGCACAUUGUGUUUUUGACCCAAUUAAGGGGCAAAAGAGAGAAAGCGACUAAAACAUUGCAUUCUAUAAAAGAAGGAAUCAUAGUGGAUUUCACGACACAAAAACAUGUAUCACAUUACAUUUCCCACAAUAAUUAUAUUAUGAUACUGUGAUUCUGAGAUACUUUUAUAGACAAUAUUACUGACAAAUCUAUACGAUACUUCACAACAUCUGUGUUAUUGAAGAAGAUAAAAUACAGGAUUCAUUGGUGUCCGUUUCACAAAGUUUAACAACCAAUAUUCUUCACUUCAGGUUCAUUCACUGUUCAACUCAUUAGCACCACCAUGUGGAGUAAAUAGGCUGUAAUUUUAGUAAGGUAAAUAGGGAGGGUGAGUCAUAGGGUGUUCACAGUGCCUAUGUUUCCAUAAAAAUAUCAUCAUGUAUCCAUAUUAUAACAGUACGAUAUAUCAUAAUAUCAACAUAUCGCCCCAUCGCUUGUCAAUUAUUAUUAUAAAUAUUUUUUUUACAUUUUAUCUAUUGCAUCGUGUAAACGUCUCGCAGCAAAUGGGCCCAUAGAAAAUAUAAAGAUAUUAAAAUAAUAUUAAGAUAUUUUGAGGUCUCCUUUUUCUGAGAUCUGACUGCUAUUAAAACAGCAAUUAAAGGUAUUAUUUAAAACUAUGAUUUUAAAACUGAUCAUUUCGUGUCAGCCAUGGUCUUCUAAUUGUUUUUUUAUGUUCUCAGAUGGUUUGAAUUAGUUGUGUAGUGCAUAAAAAAAUAUCAUGUAUCAGUAUUAUAAUACGAUAAAUCAUGAUAUCAAUAUAUCGCCCAAACCACUUUUUUUUUUACAUUUCAUCUUUCACAUUGUGUAAACAUUUCAAAAGAAAUGGGCCAAUAGAAAAUAUAAAAAUAUUCAUUUUUUUAUAGGUGAUGUAAGUAUAUUUUGAGGUCCCCUUUUUUCUGCCAGCUGCAUAAAAAAUUAUGCUGAAUUAUGCUGAAUCUGAAUGGCUCAUUUAUACACUGUUUUAGUACCAAAAAAUGAUCAUGUCAAUUAGGGGUGUGCCAUAUUGUGCUGUACAUGGUAAUAUCGCCAAAAAAUUGGAAUAUCAUGAACAAUAUUAUACCCUGAAAUAUCGUGCCAUAUUACCCACCCUAAUUACCUAUAUUAGCAAAAAAAUUCACACUGUUCUAAUUACCUAUUAUAUAUCUACUGAGAAAGAUUAUAUCUGUCCAGUAUCAUUUGUUUUACUUUAAUCCUGGAUAAAUGGAGAUAUUUGGAGAGCAUUAUUAUUAGUAUCAUGACAUUCUUGAUCAUUGACUUCUGUUACAAAUCUGAUAAAAUUAUUUUUUUUAAUAUCUCAGUUAGCCAUAUCAUAUUGCAUGUAAUAAUACAAUUCUAAAUAAUUUAAAUAAUAAUUGUCAUAUCGCCAAAAGUAUCGUUAUUUUGAAAAUACCAUGAAAUAUCGUGAUAUUAUUUUAGAGCCAAAUCGCUCACCCCUACUGUUUAUUUUAAAUACUGUAAAUCUCACUGUCCACAUGCUUCUAUGUGUCAUUUAUGUUGGUAUGGGUGUUAAACAGUACAUGCACUAGAGGGCAGUUUAGAGCCAAACGGUUUUGACAAUAAAAAACAUGGCAACAGUGAAUGAUUUCCUUUAGACCAAAAACUUUAAAUUAAACAAACAUCAUGUCCAUGUGGUUGUGGUGGUGUUUUGUUUUGGUUAAACGGAUUCUGAGAUUUUCAGUGUUACUGCACAGUUCUGUCUGUAUCUGUAAGCUUUUCAGAAAUAUGGAGAAAAUAAAUUCAGAGAACGGAUUGAACUCUAUCAGAUUCCGUAAUUAGCAUUUAAUAAAUGAGCAUUAAUGCCGUUUUCUGAAGCAGAGCUGCAUCUGCAUUCCUACUUUUCAUUUCUUAAUGGAAUUUUCUAUAAGAUAUAUAUGCUGUUCAGAUUGUGCUGGGCUGUGUUUUAUGUACAGUAUAAGCGGUCCCAUUUUAAUAUUAGGAAUGAAUGAAUAAAAAACGUUGACAGUUAGCAGAUAAAAGUGAUUUACCCUGAGGCCUGUACACACACACACACACACACCUUUUCUUUGCCAGAGGUUUCUGAUCAGUCCAUAAUCACUGAAAAUAAAACUCCCCACCCACCCACACACACAUUUCCCAUCCUGGCACUAUCCUAACUCAUUUCAGCUGGAUUUAGGUUCUGCAUUUCUCGAUGGUGUCUGUAUCAGUGUUGUUGUACACUUGUAAAAAUAAUUGAACCACUUGAUUUGUUGUUCUUUUUUUUUUUUUUUUUAAAUGAUUGAUGAUCUCACUAAAGAAUAAAGGAUAAUGGUUUUCCCAUGGAA